AUGUCCCACCUCAUUCUGUCUCUCAUUUUUCUCGCCUGCUGUCUGGUUGUCUUCGUCCUUUUCCUCGUCGCUUGUCUGCACAGCAAGAAAUGUAAAAAUAUAACAGAAGAUGUUGAAAAUGGUGAGGAAGAAGCUGAUAACACAAACGCCACACAAGCAGCAGUCCAAGACAGCCCACCAACUGAAGUCAUCAGGAAUAGGAUCAUCGUUGACAACACGCUCUGCCACUCGUCACACAAUGACGAUCAACAAACUCCAACAAAAUUUGCGAGUUUUGUUGGUAGGAAAAAAUACAAGAUCUGUAAGAUGGACAGUCAUGAAAAGAACGAAAAUGCUGCAAACAUCAAUAACAUCAACAACCACUGCAGUAAUGACAACCGGAUUUCCAAUGUUGACGAUGAGUCAGAUGUGAAUCACUUGGAUACCAUUGCUCCUUUCACAACAGUUGAAUUGGAUUUGUUUUUAAAGUACUGA